GAUAUCUGCUAGCCGAUAUCUACACGGACAUUUGUAUAUGUGACCGAAAUAAUUGUAUUUACGGUGUUAAUAGAAGACGUAUAUAUUGAAAGUUAUACACAUGAAUGUGAUCAAAUCUUAAAUAUAAUUUACGAUAAACGUAAGAAAUGGAAGUUUCCGGUAAAAUAGCGAAAAACGUUCAGGAAACCGAGGAUUUUAUCAACUUGAAGAGAAAAAUAGAACAACUAGAGCGCAAUAUCAAAACAAACUAUGAGAAAGUCCAAAAGAAUCGAAAAGAUUGUAACGGGAUGCAUGAAGAAGUGUUAACUAAGAUAAGAAAGUUUAGAACAUAUAUCAAUAGUUAUCUGGAUAAGGCAGAAACAGACAUAAUAUCUGAAAUGAAACGAUUUAUAUCCGACAACAAAAAACGUCUUGAUAAGGUAGACAACGAUUGUGCAAAAUAUUUGUCUGCAAUUGAAGGUUUGAAGCAGAAACCUAACCCAACUGUCCAUAGAGAAAAUGUACUGUUUAAACAAACAGUACGUAGCAAAGCAAGAGUUCUGGAAAUUGAACAAGAGCUGUCAAAAACUUUACAAUCAGUAUCCGAAAUCAAGGUUUAUGAAUUUGUUCCUAAUCAACAACUCUCCAGUAUCAUCAAAUCAAGAGAAAAACUUGGCAAACGGAAUAUUUCGAAUGUAAAUGAACCCAAGCAUGAUGAAAUCACAAAUUUGGAAAUGAACGUUGAUACAUUAACAUUUGUGGAACCAAAGAAGCCAGAACAGCAGGAAACAGAUACAAAAACUGGUGUGGGACCUGUUUUUGUCGGUGCCCGUGUACAAGCACAAAAUGAAACGAAAUUUGAAUUGUGGCUUCACCACGGCAAACCAGGUACUGUAACAGCUGUACAUCAAGAUGGAACUGUCGACGUGAAGUGGGAUGCUACAGAACAGACACGAUUUGGUUACAGAGUAGGAACGGGAUGGGAUGAAAUCAAACUCAUGGAAGAGAAGUUAAACUCUGUCUAAUCCAUGCACAUAAUUUGAAGGAAAUAUUUUUAGACAGCAUUUAGUUAUGAAUCAUUUUACUAUUAAUUGCAAAUUAAAACAUAUGUUAGUAUUUUACAUGUCGGAAAAUAUAUUCACAUUCAGUUGAAAUUGAAGGUGGGAGGUAUUAAGGACUAGUAAGAGAAAAUGGUAUAAGAAAAUGUAAGGAAUUUGUAGUUAUAGCUGUUGAAUCUGAAUAUAGUUUUCUCCUUCGUUACCCAUUAAAUCAAACUAAUUGAUUUGGUUUGAUUAUAUUUGGUCUGUUUCGUGGCAAGUGUUUUUUAACUUCAUAUCAAUUAACAGUAAACUGUACAGAAUGUAUAAUAUGCUUAGAAGCUUGUCCAUGUCUCAAAAUGUAUUUAUGUAUUUAUGUAUGUUUUGAUGAAUCAUUGUGUGUAUUUCUUAUGUAUGUUUGGCCACAAUUUUACAAAGCUUAUUUUUCGGUGGUCAUAUGCAAUGUAUUUGCCGAUCUGUCUGAUGAAAGUGAACUUGAAAAAGGGUAAACUUCUAUUCAUUGAUAUGAAUAGUCAGUGUUCAAACCCUGUGUUCACACGAGAUAACUGCUAAGGCUAUCCAAAUUUUGUAUAAUUAUGUGCCUUUUCUUCCAAAAACAAUCAGAGCCAAGACAGUUUGGUCAGAACAUGUAAUAGAAAUUAUUUAAAAAAUAAUACAAAAAGACAUUUAGUCGGUAGCCGGUCUAUGAUAUGAACUGCAAUCUAGAAUUUUUCUAAGGGAAAAUUCAUUCACUUCUCUACUUUAUAUUUGCAACAAUAAACUCUGUACCGUUGCGUUGUAUUGCAAUUUUUUGUUGUGAAACACUGAUUUUCAUAUCUGCUGUUAAGAUGUAAUUGAUUAUUUAUCAGAAAUAUCUUUAAACAUACAAAAACCGAUGAUGUGUUUUGUAUGUUUUAUUUGAUUAUUUUACGUAGAAUAUUAAUUUUAAAUGCGUUUUAAUAUGCAAAAUGCAUUAUGUCAUAAAUUCAUUUAAGCUGAUAUGUGUUAUCAAUAUAAUAAACAGGAUUAAUCAGCGCGCAUCAAUAGCAUGUCUACAUUAAAUUUCUGUGCUAGAUUUCACUCAUUAUUUUGUUAUGAAUCCUUUUUAUAUAACUUGCAAUUUUAAACCUAUGUAAGCAAUAUACAUGUCGAAGAAUAUGUUGACAUUCUAUUUUAAUCGAAACUGGUAGAUAUUAAGGACUAAUAAGAAAAGAUAGUGUUUUCAAUGUUGCAAUCAAAUAACAGUUACUGUUGAAUCUGAAUAUAGUAUUAGUACGGGGGCCAAUGAGGUCUAUCAUGCACACGCCCCACCACUCCCCCCCCCCCCCCGCGCCCCUAGACUUUUUUUCAUAGGUACCAAAUUGUUUUUCAGGACCAACUCUUUCAAAAUCAAAAAUGUUCCCAUGGAAAAACUCUUUUGAACUAUAUGAUUUCACUGUUUCCAUGGCAACCAUUCAUUUUUGAAAAGGCCGACCAUAUAGAUGAUAAACAGUCAUGUCUUGGUCAGUUUUGGUGAUAGAACAGUAAAAACGUGUCAAAAUUGAUCCAAGACAUUGGCCUUUAAUAAACAGUACUUUUAUUUUAAUUAACUAAUUUGCAUAUUCAUAAAUAUUAAUGAGAAUGUUAAAAAAUAACAAAAUUUUGUUAAAAAAUAACAUUUUCUAAAUUUCAAAUCAAUUUAACGUAGUAAUCAGCUUUGUUCUGGUCUUAACCUCUCUCAAUGUUUUGUAAUAUAUCACUUUGUUACUUGUAUGGCAAAUGUGUUUACUCAAAACUGGAUGUGCUCAGCUAAUUUGCAUAAACAGAACUAGUGCCACAAACAACAAAUAAAAUUCUGAAACCUCUAAACUGAAUAAAAUGAUAUAGUUAAUUAUAAUCAAUGAAAAUCCACUUUUUAUGUGGUCUAUAAUGUUUGUUGACAUAGAGUUAACACUUUAUUUAAGAAAGAAUAAAAAUGUAUCAUACAUUACACAUGUUACGUUACCAUUUCAACAACCUUAUUGUAUUGUAUCAAUUACUCAGAAAAUAUUCCAUAAACAUGAUUAAUAUUACUUAAUUUGUACUUUAAUAAUACAAUAUACUUAUUUACUUGUCAGAGAGUGUGAUAUGUUUUCCGUAACACACAUUAAAAUACGUUACCACAACCGUUGCUUUUUAAAAAGAUAUUUAAAAAGAAGUUGAAGCCCAAAUUGUCGCAAACUGAUUUCUUUGAACUGUUAGUUGUUAGUUUUAAGAAGGUUUUCUUCUGUUCUUCUGCACCAUUCAUGUAACAAAUUGUAGAUGGAAUUUCAAUAAAACACGCAAUAAUAUCCAUCUUUUCAUCCAUAAUAUCAUGAUCUCACAGCUGAUAUAUUCAGUCUUCCUGUUAAAAAAAGUGAAGCUUAGUAAAAAGUACUUUCUGAAUUUUAGAAAAAGUAGCAUAAAAAAGAACAUACACAAAAUCAUCCCUAGCUUUAUAGGAUGAAUCAUAGAGUCCUGAGUCAGAUGUCUGGAUGAGGCCUUUGCUCUUCGUAGCGAUUAAAUAAAGACAUUGUGUCUAAAGUCAGCUUAGUAGAAGUAGAUUUACCCCAACCUGCACAAUACAGAGAACUUAGCACUUGCCUGCAGAGAACUGAGUAGUUCCAGUACAGAACCCAUGGACACUUGUUAGGUUAACUGCUCACCAUUACAUGACUGAAUUCCUUUUGCAAAGUGGUGUUAAACCAAAACUAAUAAACAAAAUAAAAUAUACUGGUAUUUAAAAUAAAAACUUUAGAUUAAAAACUAAAACCAGCUGGACAAAACUGUUUUAGUGAUAUCAAAUCAAGAUAUAAGAAAAAUAUAAAACUUUAUACAUAUGUUUAAUAAAGAAGAUUAUUGUAGUCAUUUGGAAACAUUUACAAGAAUGACAGAAUGUACAAAAUAUUUUUUGGUAUUCUAAAUUGUACAGACAAGGACUAAAUGUGUUGGAAUAUUCCUUGAUAUACCGUUACAUUAAAAGAAACACUUCUAAGAGUAACUAUGCAUCAAUAAUAACAAAAAGGUUUGAUUAUCAAUUAAGUUGCAUAUCAAAGACUAUGACAAAGGCAUGACCACUCUUUGUCAAAAGUUCAAACUGUAGCAAGAAACGAAAGAGUACGAUACAAAUUGCUUCAGAGUCAAAGUGUAAUCAAAUUUCAUUCAUAAAAAGAAAGUGAUUUUGAGAGCCUAUGAUCUUCAAAACAUUUGCUUUCUAAUUUAUGAAUGAUAUGCUAUAAAGCAACAUAUUAUUCAUGGGUUCGUGAUUGUGCCAUUUUAUGUUGUUUAAUAGAAAAUAUAAUGUGACAGGAAAAUAAAAAUAAACUUUUAUUUAUAGUUUUUUUAGGUUUAAAGAAAAAUCAUAUGUAGGGAUUCAUAACCUUAAUGUAUUGUAACACAAUGAUAGCUUGCAGAUCAGAUUUUAGUUAAUUAAUCAUUGUGUUUAUUUUAUCUGUGAUUGAUUUUGGUAGAUAAUUCUGAUAAUUCUUACAAAUGAUACGCAUUCUGUUUACAUGCGUAGGUUAUUGUUGGUAUUUACUACUCAAGCAAAUUCCGUAACAUCUGAGUGUUUUAUCCAUUAAUUUUUGGCCUCAAUGACUUUGUUUCCUGAUUAUUUCUGAUCAGAUAUUGCGAAAUUCUCAAAAGAAACUGAUUUGGUCAGCCUUAAUUACUUUAUUUUUGUUUUCGAUGGAAUUUUCAUUAAUUGGCCAGAAAUCUUAAUUACUUGUUUACCUGUUCAGCAUAUUGUUGUUGUUAACAAAUUAUACAAAAUGAAUCACCGUUGAAUGUUUUAUCUAUUAGUUUGACCCUAAUUAUUUUGUUUGUUUCGGUAACAGUCAUUUACGAAACUACACAAAUGUGAUUGAUUCUACAUCUGUUGUUUACUAUUAUAUGAGUACAUAAUGGACGUUUUGAUUGACAUGUUUUUGAAAUUGCUUCGAAUAUUUUGAAAUACGUGUAAACAUGUUAUUGCGUUUUAGUUCGUGAAAAGGUAUAAAUACUCAGAGAAUUAAAAGGCGAAUAGGGAGAGGAGGACUGAGUCUGGAGAAUGGGGAGAGAAGGACUGAGUGAAGAGAAAGGAGAACUGAGUUAAGAAGACAGAGACAGAAUUAGGAAGUUAGAAAUAUUUUACAAAAAUGGGAUCGGAUAAUAGCAGUUCGGAUCGGUUCAGAUCAGCUCGGUUAAGUUCAAUUUUGGGCUCGGUUUAAGAGCGGGUUAAAAAUAAAUGUGGAGGUAUAUUUAGAACUGCUUUUUAUGUUAUAGAUUUUUUUUAUUUAAAAAUACAAAUUAAUUAUAAGUUUGACGUGGGAAAAUACUAUUUAAAAAGCUGAUGUAUUUAUAUCUGAAUUGACUAUUAGUAAAGUUGUUUGUUCUGUAUAACCUUGUAAAUAAAACCGAGUGUG